UCCUCCAAGAGCGGCUUCUCCCUUUUGCUUUACUUCAUCUAAAGUUCUUCAAAUUGCUUUGUGUGUUUAUCAGAUCUUCUCCUAUACCUACAAGCAUGAACACAAACACACACAAAGAGGCGGCAAUGUCAAAAUACAACUUAUAUAUAUAAAAAAGGUUAGGAAGAAAAAAAGUGGGAAAAAUAAUUAUAAAAACGGGUUAAAAUUACCACAAUAAGUGGACAAAUAAAGUAAUAAACCAUUCAUCACACACAAAACACAUUGAAAGUCAAAACGAACAUAAAAAAGGGGAAGGAAUAACACUUGAAAAAUGCUGCAAAACAAAAAUGUAUACGGUAUGCAUAAUAGACGGAGUAAUAAAAAAUAACGUGGACAUCUGUGAUCUGUCCUCAGUUUCCCUCUCUCUCUCUUGGUUUCCCAUUGAAGCGCACUCCACACUCUCCAAUCUCCAUUGAGUCGACUUCUGAAAUCUCUAUCCUCCAUUGAAGCAGCUUUUGAGGUAAGGAUUCUUAUAUACAUUAUGCUGGAAGGUUCAGUAGAUUUGGAAGAUCAGAGCCAGCAGAACAGGAUAGGACCAGAUUUAUUUGGUUUCUACAUGUGUGAGAUAGCAGAUUUGUUAACUCAGGUUGACAAUUUUAUGCCUUAUUCUCCCAGAACUAAAGGAGCUACUAAAGUAUCAUCGGAUGUACUGGAGAGUAGCAAAGGAACAGAUACUUUUUCUCAUGCUUCUUCCUUAUUCAGCAACAGCUUAGAAAAUGUUAUUCCUGAUGUCAAAAGAGAAAUGUUGAAGUCUUCAUUGAGGCAGAGCAUUAGCACUUUAACACAGGAAGUUGAUGAGGUGUUUGAUCCGGUAAUGCGCAUUCGCCAUGUUAUUUCCUGCCUGAAUUACAAAAGAAGGGAGAUUUCAAGUGGGAAAGCUCCCAUUGUUGGGAAUUCAACUACUUUGCAUUGCAAGAAGCUCAAGACAUCAUCUUCAAAUGCUAAAGAAAGACUUUUAAUUGAUGAAAGUAGAGAUUCUGAGAAAGAAACGGAUGCCAGUGUAGAUUUAAAAGUACUCUUAGAUAGUGACCCUAUCCUGGUUGAAGAGACAAUGAUCAAACAAUCCGAUGAACUACUUGUAAUGUUAAAUCACAUGGAAAAGCAGCUUGAAGAUUUGCUGUACACGAUAGUUUCAAAGUGUAGGCCUAUGGCUCAACAAGAGAAGCAACAUCUUCAAAAGCUGAUCGAGAAACUUCCAGCAAAAAAUCUAGAUCGAAUUUUGGAAAUCAUCAACUACAAGAAGUCAUCAGAUACUGUUUCUCUUGAUAAGAUUUUUAUUGAUCUUGAAGAACAGGAAAACGUAACUCUUUGGAGACUCUACUUCUAUGUAAAAGCUGUUGAAAAUGCAAGAAAGUUGUCGGCAUAGCUCCCCUUCAUCAAGUUGGAGAAUAUUUGAGACUUGAGAGGUAUCUUGUAAGAACCUAUCGUACAGUUCCUUAAUUCCAGCAGCGUAUGAUAAGUAUAGCAUCCGAGUGCACAGAAAUGGCACCAUUGUAGUUGCCGGAGUACUUCAAGGGUCCUUCCUUCACUAGCAAAGAGUUUCCCGUUGUGGCUUCAGAAACUUUUUUGACGGAGGAAUAGAAGAAAAACCUUAAACCUUGGGGUUUUUGUAUAGGUGUUUCAGUGUUUGUAGAUUAACUUGCCUGCAUAUUCAGAAAAUCAUGCUCACAAAUGCAGCUUCAUGGAGUUCAUGUCAAGUACAUAUUUAGACUAGUUUUGUAUAGCUGGAUGUUCUAAAUGAUUUAACUCCCUACAUUCUUAAAUAAUUGACACGUUUGACUUUUUUUUUUUCCCUAUUCAUAUACUAACUUUGGUAAUCAUUUUUUAAGUAACUAGUCAUAGCGUGCACGCCCCCAACGCAACGAUAUGUAAUUUAGUUAACGUUAAUUGUGUGUUGUUAUUUCGAAGAUUAUAAAAAUGAAUGUAAAUUUGGCUUAUGUCAAUUGGAUA